AUGCCACGGUUGACGGAAAAUGAGCGUUUGCGGAUAAUCGGCAUGCUUGAGGCAGGAAUGACCCAAAAUGACAUCGCACAGCGUUUCAAUGUCCAUAGGAAUACCAUACAGUCUUUAGCAAGACGUUAUCGGCAAUAUGGAAUCACUCGGGAUAGACCGCGUUCAGGACGUCCGCGUGUGACGUCACAUCAACAGGACAAUUACAUACGGUUAACGCACCUAAGGAAUCGUUUCCAAACGGCCAGUUUAACGUCUAGGAACAUUCCUGGACUAAGAAAUAUCCACCCAAGAACCGUCCGUAACCGACUGAGAGAACACGGAAUCCGGCCGCGACGCCCCGCCAUACGUCCUGUAUUGCAGCAACGUCAUCGCCAAGCAAGAUUAGCGUGGUGCCGUAGGCAUAUCCGAUACACCCAACGUGAAUGGACGGGUAUUUUAUUCACGGACGAGUCGAGAUUUCACUAA